AUGUUUCGCUUGCUUCCUUGGCCCUCAGCAAUAGGAGGGAACAAGGUGAUCGAGGAGGUCAAAAUGUUGGGCUCCAACUGUGCCGGAAUCAAUACCCUGCCGCUGCCCCAGCUCAAGCGCAAACGUUCCGACUCUGACGCGCCCGACGCGCCGGCUCCAACCAAAGUUCGCGCGGAUCUGCCUUCGGAGCGCGAACAGAAGGAGUCGACUGAACCAGUCACCCAAGUCACCGCCUCUACUCCAUCCUCGACAGAUCCCCCGGUCGCAUCGGCGCGUUCGUUGGCGCAGGACGCCGUCGCCGCCAGACCUAACCCCAAUAUCGACCGACUGCGGGAGACCAUCACCGCCCAAAUCAGUUUGGAAGUGCUGCUCAAGCAUAAUGAACUUCGCCUUAUUGAACAAGAACUCGCCAAGUGUCAGGUUGCUCUGGAGCAGUUGCGACGCUGUGCCGAAAUUCCGUAUCCCGGAUCCUACGUGACCGGUAUCUCACCGGAGGUCAGUUCUGGCACGGGCGCAUCACUGCUGCCACCUGGAAAUGGUCCGGCACCGGUGUCGCCUGCGCCGUGGGGGGUCACAGACGGGCCCUACACGCGCCACUAUGCCCAGUGGUUGCUGCAUGACCCGCGCUUUGACGGGGGAGAGCCCGAGCGAAGAGUGUCAGCUCAUGCGCCCGAGGGUCGAUCGACGCGUGGCAGGCCCAGCGAUGCAGGCAUCGUGGAAGGCAAUUCGCGCCCAAAGCGAGGCUCCAAGGCGGCCAAGCACACCUCGUUGUCGAGUGGCCACGCUCCGGUUAAGGAGAAGCCAGGGCCGAUGAUCAUGUGGCGCAAAUCGGAUAAAGUCUUUGUUAAACUGGUCUGUCUGGACUGCAGACGCGAUAACUUCUCCAGCGCGCAGGGGUUCAUUAAUCACUGUCGGAUUGCUCACAAUCGCAACUUUCGUACCCACGACGAGGCUGCUCUCCACUGCGGUCGGGCUGUUUUGUUUGACCCCGCUGGCAACAUCAUCGCUACUUCUUUCGAGCCUACUCCUACGCCGGCCACUGAUGGAUCUGUGCAUCCUCUGAAUAGGCCUCAUACCGCUAUUACCCCUUGGAAGCGUCUCAGCAAACUUCGCAAGGAGGGUGCUAAGGACACUGCUGAAGGCGUCCAGGCCACUGCUGAAGGCGUCCAGGCCACUGCUGAAGGCGUCCAGGCCACUGCUGAAGACGUCCAGGACACUGCCGAAGACGUCCAGGACACUGCUGAAGACGUCCAGGACACCGUCAACACGGUCAACACGGUCAAUGAUAUUGAUACUGCCAAGGAAACUGUCACACCUUACAAAUCUGCCGCAUUUGCAGGUCCGACUCCCCCUGCCACUACUCAACCUUCUGUUCGACGGCCCUCUGCACCUUGCCCUCCACCUCUCUCUCUGCCGCCGAACCCACAGUUCUUGCCUUCUCCGGCUACUCCUCACCUGUCCGCUCUGAUGCAAUCCCGUGGCGCUGAUCUGGACAUGGAAAGGCUGGUCCACGAAUCUCGACAGUCUAUCGAUCUCAACUUUCUCCUCAGCGACGAGUCUGAAUCGGAAUCUACUCAGGACUCCUCGGUGGAAACCACAUUCCAGGGCUUCGGUGCUCGCGCUGGUCGCCAGCCCAUGCGUAUGCCCGUCAGUCAAUCCGCUGCGGAGCCAGAGAACCGCGAGGAUCUAGGCCGAGCAGACAGCCCACACGCUGAGGAGCCGACCCCAUCGCGCCCUCGGCCCUACCUGAGCCUUUCCCUUGACGACCAGUCCGAGUCAUUUGCGUCUCGGGACGAGGGGCUGGAACAUCAACUCAGCCCUCACGCUCAGUCCAACCAAGCUCCUAGUCUGGUUAGUGAUGACGACGACGAUUAUGAGGCGGCUUCCGACUCUUCCUCUUCCGAGGUGGAUGAAGAGGAGCAGGAGUUCCGACACAUUCAGGUUGAGGACGAUGAGCGCUCUGCCGCUCCGUCGGCUGCCGCCGACACCAAGUCUGGUUCUUCUCUUCCCAGUCCUGCUCCGCAGUCUGCUCAGCCUCUACCACCUUUGAAACGCAAGCGCUCGAAGGAGGUUUCUAUGGCCGAGGAAGACGUCAAGCGCGCUAAGCCGAAUCCAUCCGAACAUUAA